CACGGGGCCGUAUCCAGGCCGUCCGUGGUGACCAAACUCAGCGCAGGCCGAGCCCGUGGGGCGGCAGGGCCCAGCAGCGCGGUGCCGGCGGGAGGCUGGCGGCGGUUGGCGGGGCCGCGGGGGCGGGCUGUCUGCCGGAAGCACCGGCGGCAGCGGCGGCGGAUGGAGGCCGAACCGGAGCGGGCGGGGGCGCCGCGCCGUGGGGUCGUCGCCGGGCUGCUAAGGAUGGGCCGUCGAGCCCGCCAGGACCUCUUGCCGGAUGAGAACGUCAAUAGGAAGAAUUCCUCGUCUGCUUCUCUCGGAGAGGAUGAAGACCCUGAGGAAAAGGUUGACCAUGGUCCACCGCCUAAACCACCACGCAGACAAGGAGGCUGGGCAGAUGAUCCUGUACUGGCACCUACCAAGUCAGGAAGAAAGCAUGGAGAAGAAGUAGAAGACCAUCGUCUCAGACAGCAGAGCCUGGAGACGUCAGAUGAUGGAGGAGACAUUCCCGUGAUCCCUGACUUGGAGGAGGUCCAAGAGGAAGAUCUGGCCAUGCAAUUGGCAGCUCCCCCCAGUGUGCAGGUGAAUCGAGUGCUGACCUAUUAUGACCUAGACAAAGAUUUAAUGAAGUAUGCUGCCUUUCAGACUCUGGACGGAGAGGUUGACCUGAAACUUCUUACCAAAGUUUUGGCACCAGAACAUGAACUACAAGAGGACGAUGUCAGCUGGCAUUGGGAUCAUCUCUUCACAGAAGUGUCCUCAGAACUAGUGACUGACUGGGACCUAGGACACUCUGAAAAAGAGGACCACCUCAGUCUGCCCUAGGGCACUGACACCCCAGAUAUCCAUACAUCUAUCUCCUUUAUAAUAGCUUAGCACUUUAACUUUCUCUUCAUCUGCUUGUAUUUGAGAAUGGAUUUCAGAUGUGAAAGUAAAUAGGACUUUGCUUCAUAGGAAAACUGGCUCCAGAGAAGUUUGGGGUAUUUUGUAGUAAGAAUCUUUGUCCUCAAAAAAGAUAGGAAUUCUAAACAUGAUAAAAUACUGACCUACCAGCAGUCACUUCCACCUGGCUAGUGCCUUUCCUCUACAGCAAUGCAGCCUGGCAAGAGUGGACCAUCUUACAAUGGAGAGUGCUUUCCAGUGGUGGCCAUCAGAGAAGCCUAGGCUGAUACAGUUUGUUUGUCUAGGACAUCAAGGUUGCUGUCUUCCUCACAAGAGAUGCCACAAGUUGUUAGGAUGCCCAUUUUACAUUUCGUCCCACAGCCUCCAGCCAUUCCCUGCCAGUUUGGUAUCUCACCUGGAACAUUACCUCUGUAUUGACUCAGUGGAAGCAGCAUCACUUAUUGAACUGCCAACACCACUUCAUGUAGCAUCUUUCUUUUCCCCUUGAGGUUUCCCAGCUAAAUUCUGACUAAGCCUAACCCUACUUAGCUUUUGCAAUCAGGUGAGAUCAGAGCCUGAACAGAGAUAGCUUCAGGCAAUAGGUAGUUUACAAAGAAAAUGCUGUUUAUUCCAGGCAUGUGAAAGAAUGGAGCCUGCUGCUCUGAAACUCCCUGGUGGGUAUCUCCUUGGAACCAAGUAACCAACUCUUAUCAUCAUCCAAAGAAAAAUCCAUUUAGCUUUCAAUGCAUUGUCCCCAUAGGCUCAUGGCCAUUAUUUGCAGGAAACAGUUCCAUUACUUCUAAGCCAAUGUCCUCCAAAGCCUUGUCCCACUGGAGAAUCUUGCUCUACUUGUGAGGGGCAGUACAGGUUCUGGGAGGAAGGCUUGCUGUGCUGCUUUUCUUAGCUUAUUUGAUCAAUUGGAGCACUGCAUUCCCACUCUUGUACUGACAGCAGGACAGGUCAAAUAACUCACUGUGAAUUCACUACUCCACAAAAUUUCAUGUCAGAGUUCAUAUGCCAGAAAACGCUACCAACAAGAGAGAAGCAAUUAGGUUUCACUGUGGGGCCACCAAAAUACAGGAAGGCUCAUCUGUCUCAAGAGACACUAAGAAAUUUACAACCAAAAAAUCUCAUCUGUAAACUAGAGGAAGAGAUGAGCCAGAAUCUUGGAAGGCCAGUGUAUGGAGUGUAAUCCUGAAGUCUUUCUCUGAGCAGAGAAACCUGUUUUGCUAUGAAUGAGAACUAAAGUAGUUUGUUGAAGCAAACACACAAGCCAGUCUGAAAGGACGAGAAUAAUAAGUGGAGUGGAUGGAACAGGACACAGAUUUGCUCAGUUCAUCCCACAAAAGUCACAGAAAACAGAGGUUCUCACUGCUUCAUCUCAGGCUCUAAUCCACACUGCUUCUGUGACCUGCUGUUCUGGUGUCACCUUACUCAGGGGUAUCUGCUUCUAGUGCCAGUAUCUGCUUCUGGUGGUGCUCUAGCCUCUGUGAAGCACAAAGUGAACAUAACUUUACAUGCCUUGACAAUGAGAGGACAAACUUUAGUGGCUGCAGAAGCAGCCCAAAAUAGUCUAGCACUACCCCCGUGGAAACCUGGGUCUCUGCACCAUGUCCCUCCUGGGGAAGUGUCUUCUUACUAUGAUGCUGUGCCUUUGAUUUGUUGAAGAGGAGGGCAGGAAAACAACAUGAGCAAAGAGAGAAAAGGAGGCUGAGAGAUGAGCCCACCUUUGUCCCCUCAAUCACUGUCACAUAUUGGAAGCCUUGUACAUUUGGGUCACUUCAUAAAAACAGUCACCUCUUGUAAAGCAAUCAGUUUUCAAUGACCACAAAAGCUGAAGAUGCCCAGGCUGAGGCACAGAAGUGGUUGACCUGUGCACCCAUUGCCUCUGGCUGCUCACUUGCCCAUGGUGUAUAAUAUCUGGCAUACUAUGUAUUGCUUUUUCUUCAGAGGCUUGAAGAGGUGGCAUUGCUGGGCACAUUGAGCACUAAGAGUGGACAGCUAAGCAGUAGUCACCAAGAGCUCUGUGCAGGAAUCAUGCCAAGCCUAUUAUUCCUCCAUCAGCUGUGUACUGCCUAAACAAUCCUGGGCUAUCUCUAGGAAGAUUUAAAGAGCUGUCUUCUGCCUCCAAGAGUUUCUUUGAUCAUCCUGGGCAGGCAGAGCGCUCUUGUCUGGCUGCUCUCCCAGCAAGAAGGAACAAGAAGUGGAGCUGCUCAGACACCACAGAGGCCCUUCAGGAGUCAAGAGGAGGAGGAAAGCAUCCUUUGAAAUGAGCAAAAGGGGCAUCAGACCCCAGAGAUUCUCCUGGAGAUGAUGAGAGGUAGGAAUGGGGGAGGGCUUGGAGAAAGCCAUUUGAGGCAGGAUGUAGGGAGGGGUGGAUUAGAAGCAAGAAAGGGGUUUGUGGGAGAGGCGUGGUGUGGGGGCAAGAGGAGCAAGGAGGUUGAGUGAUGUGGGAACAGCAUAUGUGUAAAAUUUAGAGGGGAGUGAGGCCAGAGCAGGUGCUGGGGGAGAGCAGGAGAGAACAGAGCAUAGGAAGAGCGUAGUGGGAGCUGAAUGAGGCCUUUGCUGAUGAGCUAUGGUUAAGUUAUGCUGAAAGAGUUGCUUUAAAGCUGCAUAGAAUCUCCCAGAGGAGCAUGCUUGGAGCUGGGUGCUGGUAGUUACCCCUCUCUGGCUUUGGGGCCCUAGGCAAGGAUGCUCUAGGGUGAGAGGACUGCAUGUGGGUCAGGCUUGAGUCCAGAUGGGGACAUUGGGAGCCCACACAGGCAAAGUGCAAGAGCAUGGCUUGAAAGAAAUUGCAGCCUCAUCUACUUUAAGGCCAGAAGAGGUGGCUUUGAUCAUGUCAUCUGACCUGCUAGAGCAUAGGCCAUGGCAGAGUCCAAUGAGAUAAAGCUGAGCUUUGUCUUUUAGGAAGGCAGGCAACAUAUUUGAAUGUCUUUCCUUGAUAGUUUUUCUAACAGUUCAUUCCCUCUAUGGUUUGGAAUCUGCUUUAUUUCUAGAUUCAGUUUUUGAGUUUCAUCUUCUGUUCCCUGAGCCUGCUUAUGCUUUCACCUUCCCAAUUAAGCUAGGUUGUCAGAUCCUUGAUUCAGUAUUUAUGUGCACUGUGAUCAAGCUGUCUCUUUAAUUUCCUUUAAUAAACUUAAUAGACUGAGA